CCCUUCUUUCUUUCCCUCCUCCUCCUCCUCCUCCUCCUCCUCCUCCAGCCCCUCGCCCACAUUCCGACCCUCCCCGGGUGGGCCAAGGAAGGGACCCAGCCGUGAUUAACAAGGGGAGGGCGGGGGGAAACUUCUCUCUCGUCGGCCGAAAGGAAAGAAGGGAGCGAGGCUUGGCUCCGGCGGAGAACUUUCUCUGCUCCCUGCCGGGCUGCCGGGCUCUCUCGGCGGGCGGGGGGCGGCCCGGGGCCCCGCCGGACCAUGCCUCAGCUCCAGCCGGACCCCGGGGCGGCGGAGAGAAGCCGAGACGGCGGGGGCGGCGGCAGCGGGGACGACUUGGGCGCCCCCGACGAGCUCAUCCCCUUCCAGGACGAGGGCGACGAGCAGGACAAGGGCGCCGGGGGACGCGGCUCGGCCCACGGGGACCUCGACGAGCUCAAGUCCUCGCUGGUCCACGAGUCGGAGAGCCGAGGAGCGGGAGGAGGCGGAGGGAGCAGCUCCGAGUCCGAGGCAGAGAGGCCGCCGCCGCCUCCACGGCCCCGGGAAAGUUUCCAAAAGCCGCGGGACUCUCCCGCCUCCGUCGCCGAAGUCCUCAGAAGGCAACAAGAUGGAGGAUUUUUUAAAGGAACUCCUUAUCCAAGUUAUCCUUUCUUGAUGAUUCCAGAGUUGGGAAGUCCCUAUUUGCAAAGUGGGGCCUUGUCUCCGGGUGGUGCCCGCACAUAUUUGCAGGUGAAGUGGCCACUCCUGGAUGUACCAGCUGGAGCUACCCUAAAGGAUACAAGGUCCCCCUCUCCUGCACACUUAUCGAAUAAAGUUCCUGUGGUGCAACAUGCACAUCAUAUGCACCCGCUGACGCCACUUAUCACCUAUAGCAAUGACCACUUCUCUCCAGGUUCUCCACCUUCACAUUUGUCCCCAGAGAUUGACCCAAAGACAGGAAUUCCACGGCCACCUCAUCCUUCAGAACUGUCUCCUUAUUACCCAUUGUCUCCUGGCGCCAUUGGGCAAAUUCCUCAUCCAUUGGGAUGGAUCGUACCACAGCAAGGGCAGCCUGUGUAUUCCAUUCCGCCAGGUGGUUUCAGACAUCCGUAUCCUGCCUUGGCAAUGAAUGCUUCAAUGUCCAGCUUGAUGUCUAGCCGGUUUUCUCCUCACAUGGUUCCUCCUCCUGCUCAUGGACUUCACCCAUCGGGAAUCCCACACCCCACCAUUGUGUCGCCCAUUGUCAAGCAAGAGCCCACGCAGCCCAGUAUGAGCCCCGAAGGGAGUUCAAAAACACCUGUGAUUGUCAAGAAGGAGGAGGAGAAGAAACCUCAUAUUAAAAAACCCCUGAAUGCGUUCAUGUUGUACAUGAAGGAGAUGCGGGCCAAGGUGGUGGCAGAGUGUACGCUGAAGGAGAGUGCCGCCAUCAACCAGAUCCUAGGAAGAAGGUGGCACUCGCUGUCCCGCGAAGAGCAAGCCAAGUACUAUGAGCUGGCCAGGAAGGAGCGGCAGCUUCAUUCUCAGCUCUACCCCACCUGGUCUGCAAGAGAUAACUAUGGUAAAAAAAAGAAGAGAAAAAGAGAGAAACAACCUCAGCAACAAAUCCAAGAAACAGGAAAUUCUGUGGCUUUGAAGAGUAAGAAGCCAUGUGUGCCAUACUUGCCAGCGGAGAAGUCCUGCGACAGCCCUGCCUCCUCUCACGGCAGCAUGUUGGAUUCUCCGGCCACCCCAUCCGCUGCCUUGGCCUCUCCGGCCGCUCCGGCUGCCACUCAUUCGGAACAGGCUCAGCCCCUCUCUCUGACCACCAAGCCGGAAGCCCGGGCCCAGCUGUCUCUGCACUCGGCUUCCUUCCUGGCAAGCAAGGCGUCUUCCUCCAGCUUGACUGGCCAGUCAACUCUCCUCUCCAGGCCCCUGCCUUUCACCUCCAUGCCCCCGACAGCUCUCCUCAGCUCACCACCUUCCUUUGCAGCCAUUCCUUCUCCGCAGGCUGCCUUGGCCAUGUUGCAAGCCCAGCCGCUCGCCUUGGUGACCAAACCGGCCGAAUAAGGAAGACGCUCCAAACUGCCCUCCCGGCUGAUGCCACAGUUGAGAUUACAGAAGCAGACAAGCCAUUUAUUGGUCAAUAUUUGACCCUUUCUGAACUCUUCCAUAAGGUGACUCUUGAGGAAGAAAGUGCUCUACUCUCAGAGUUGUUUUCAGUAGUCUGUCUAAAGACCGUUUUUGUUAUUUUUUAAAAAAAUUCAAAACAAAAAAAAUAUUUCCACAACCUUUUUUUUACAAAACCCUGAACAGGAUGAAAACAAAAGAAGGCAAGCCAACUCUUGCGCCUGUUGGGUGUGUAGACUUGUACAGAAGGAUCAUCUCUCAAUGAUGUUUGCAUGUUUUGUUAUAUUGCUAACUUUUGCUAUUCCCCGUUUCCUUGGCAAGACAGUGUUUUUAUUUUAUGCAAUUUACUCCGACCAGCCUGCGGUUCCGCUGUUCUUGCAAGAGACUUCUCAUUAGAAGACACCGUGCCACUGAAGUAUAAGUGCCUCUCACUGUCACAUUCAGAGUUGCCCAGCCUUGGUUUUUCCUGUAAUCUGGAGUGUAUGUACAGGAAAAUGGCAGGAAAAUCCACCCUAUUUCCUAACAGAAUUAUUUUAUGUAGCAAGAAGUAGGGGGAAAAGGCCUUGGGGGAAUUGCCUGUUAUUUUAACGAAGCAAAAUAAAUUUGCAUCUUAA